GGAAACAACUGCAACCAACCAUAUUAUUACAUAAUAAUAACAUAAAAAAUUAAAAAGAAACAGAAUAUGAAGUCCCAACCCAAUUAGAGUGGCAGCAGACACAGUACGAUGUUUUUGGUGGUAAGACCAUGUGGUUCUUCUUCUGCGGGUAUUCAUCGUCUUCACCCCACUCCCUCAUCGCACCGUAGCAGAAACGUCGUCAUUCGAUGCUCGCUCAGCAGCGUGCAGGAGAAGAAGGAGAAAGCUGAAUUGGAUUCGGAGCUGCAGCCUUCGCUGGCAUUUCCACCGAUCAGGGCGGCGAAGAGGGUGGUUCUGGUGAGGCACGGGCAAAGCACGUGGAACGCAGAGGGGAGAAUCCAAGGAAGCUCUAAUUUCUCUGUUCUGACGAAGAAGGGGGAGUCUCAGGCUGAGACCUCACGCCAAAUGCUCAUCGACGACCACUUCGAUACCUGCUUUGCCAGUCCUUUGGCUCGAUCCAAGAAAACCGCUGAAAUCAUUUGGGGAUCUCGCCAGGACCCCAUCAUUACCGACUUUGAUUUGAGGGAAAUCGAUUUGUACUCCUUUCAAGGUCUGCUGAAGCAUGAGGGGAAAGCAAAAUUUGGUUCUGCUUAUCGUCAAUGGCAGGUGGAUGCUGAGAAUUUCAUCAUUGAUGGUCAUUAUCCAGUUAGAGAAUUGUGGGAACGUGCUAGAAGCUGCUGGACUAAAAUCUUAGCUCAUGAUAGCAGGUCUGUUCUUGUGGUUGCUCACAAUGCUGUUAAUCAGGCUCUUGUUGCCACAGCAAUUGGUCUGGGGUCUGAGUAUUUCAGAACAUUACUUCAGAGCAAUUGUGGUGUUAGUGUGCUGGACUUCAUCCCAAGAUCUGAUGAUGGAUCUCCGCAUAUUUGCCUUAACCGCUUAAAUCAGACCCCUGGUUCACCUAUUGCUGGUGGGAAAUCUGGAGGUCGAGAGACAAGUAAGAGGAUCGUACUUGUUUGUAAUGGAUCAACACAAGGAAAUACAGAGGAUGGUUUUCCUUUGGGUGGUGAUCAACCAUUGAACAUGCUUGGUGUCAUACAGUCCCAGAAAUCUGCAGAGCUACUACUUGAUUUGAGAGUGAGUUCCAUAAUUAGCAGUCCCAAUAAAGCCUGUGUUGGGACAGCCUCGGUAAUCUCCCAGGUACAAGAAGCUGCAGACUGCUUGGGAGCUGACUGUGUGCCUCGAUAUGUUGAGAUGAAGCAGAUGGGGGAACUUGAUGUUGAAGCUAUCUUCAAACAAUCUGAAACGGAUAUAUCCAAUUUUCCGCCAUUUCAACCUGGUUGGUUAAAUAGAGUAGAUGAUGGACUGAGAACAACAUUAUGGAAUCAAUCUGGAAAAGCCUGGCUAUCUUUGUUGGAUGAAAUAUCUGAUGAAUCUAAGCCAGGAGAAGUUAUAGUGGCAGUUGGUCAUCCUGCAAUCAACAUAGCACUAAUGGGGCACUGCCUUAAUUUGAGCAAAGAAUGGUUGGGAUCAUUUCAUCUUGAUGCAGGGAGCGUUAGUGUUCUUGACUUCCCUGAUGGAGCUAAGGGAAAAGGUGUAAUCAGAUGCAUAAAUUAUACUGCACACUUGGGGAGAUGGUCCAUACCUAUCACAAGAUCAACAGAAGAUGGUGAAGAGUUUUAAGUGUAAACAUGUGAUUCUAAAAUGGAAUUGAAAUAACACCCAUAUCUGAAUUGUAGAGUUUCAGAGGUUCAACAUGGUCAAGAUGGUUGAAAUUUCAAGGCAUGAUAUGAUGACUGCAAAACUGAAAUCUUAUAUAAGGUAUUUCGCUUAUAAGAUCACUUCAAGAUAUAGAUAUUGCUUGAUGUGAUAUGUACAGUUCAUAACACCAAUCAUCCAAGAUUACUUUCUCAA